AUGUCUCUUUUUUUUCUCUUAUUUUUCCUAGUAUCAUUUUUUUUUUUUCGCUUUGUUAUUACUCACCCCAACAUGACAUUUUUCUGUCUCCCUCCCCGCGUCCGCCUCCCCGGUUCAAAGAAACCAUUGUUCUCACGUUCCCGUCAUCCUUUUCGCUUUCUUUAUUCCUUCCUUUUUCAUAGCGUCUCUUUCCAUCUUUCUUAUCGCAUUUCAAACUUUUAUUCCUAUUUAUUCAUUUUUUUUUUAUUCUAUUUUCCCUUUUUCUUUCCUUUUCUUACUAUUUUGUCUUCCAAUUUUCAUUGGUUUAACGAUUCUUUUUUUUCUUUUGUCGAUCUUUCUACUAUUCUUUUUCUUUUUGCUCGCCAUUAUUUCGUCUUUUUUUCACCAUUCCUCCUUUCCCAUUCUUUUUGUCUUUUUCGUUCUUUUUCUAACCGUUCUUUCAUUUUCUCUCUCUCUCUCUCUCUCUCUCUCUCUCUCUCUUUUUUCUUUCUUUAUCUCUUUCUUUAUUUCGCAAUUCUUUCUUUCUUUCUUUUUAUCAUUCUUUCUUCAUUUCUGUCUGUAUGCUCUAACUUUUCUUUCUUUUUUCGCCAUUCCUUAUUUUUUAUUUUUCUUUCCAUCUUAAUUUCUUUCUUUCUUUCUCUCUUUCUGUCUGAUCGCAUUAUUAAACCAGCUUCUCAUAGUCUUUCUGUCUAUCUCCCUAUCUAUUCGUUAUUUAUCUACCUACCAAUCUGUCUCAUUCUCUUCAUUAUCUAUCUUCUUUUAGUUGCUGCUUCUUUUUCUCUCUUCUUUUUUCUUGUGUCAUUUCUUUCUUUCUCCAUUCUUUCUUUCUUUCUUUCAUUCAUUCUUUCUUUCUUAAUUUUGUCUCUCAUUUCUUAA